UUUGGUAAUAAUAUAUUUUUAUUUUUUGCAGUUUGCAAAACGGAAAAGGAAAAACCAGAAGUUCUAUAUAAAACGGUGCGUAUGUCCCUGCCGUCUGCCUCCUUCAGCAAGCCAAGAUCGAAGGAGAAAGAAAAAAAACAAAAACAAAAAAUAAAAACAAAAUUCUCUGGAACACAGUUCAGAAGCCUAUAGGCUAGAAGCCUUCACAAGCUUUCUUCUUCAAUCGCCAGACUCCAAGAACUGGUUCUCUGGUUACCAAAUCCUGAAGCAAAAUAUUUUUUUUUUGGAAGAGAUAAAAAGCCCCUCUCGCCGGCCGCGAAUUUCUCUUCGAAGUUCGCCCAAGCCCAACCAACCAUGAUGCUCAGAAUCCGCAGCCGGGACGGCCUGGAGCGGGUCUCCGUCGACGCCUCCUGCACCACCGUCGGGCACCUCAAAACCCUAAUUCAGUCCCAGCUCCAAAUCCCCAUCCACAACCAAACCCUCUCCACCAACCAGAACCUCCUGCUCGCCAAAUCCCCCGCCGAUCUCCUCAAGCUCGCCGACAUGGCCGACCCGGCCACGCCGCUCUCCGCGCUCAACCUAGCCCACGGCUCCAUCGUGUUUCUGGCCUACGAGGGCGAGAGGAGCAUCGCCGGGCCCGCGGUCUCCCCCGCCGGAUCCUUCGGCCGCAAGAUGACCAUGGACGAUCUGAUCGCCAAGCAGAUGCGGGUCUCCAGGCAGGAGAACCCGCAUUGCGAGUCGGUUUCCUUCGAUCGAGACUCCGCCAAUGCGUUCCAGCACUACGUCAACGAGACCCUCGCCUUCGCGGUGAAGAGGGGCGGGUUUAUGUACGGGACGGUCUCCGAAGAGGGGAAAGUUGAGGUGGAUUUCAUAUACGAGCCGCCUCAGCAAGGGACCGAGGAAGCUCUGUUGCUUUUGAGGGAUUCCGGUGAAGAAAAAGCUGUGGAUGCUAUUGCGUCAGGGUUGGGGAUGAGGAGGGUUGGGUUCAUAUUCACGCAGACCAUAGCGCAGGAUAAGAAAGAUUACACCUUGUCUAAUAGAGAGAUUCUGCAGGCCGCCGAGCUCCAUGCCGAGAGUGAGUUGAAGGAGUGGGUGACUGCGGUGGUGAAGUUGGAGGUGAACGAGGAUGGUGGUGCGGAUGUUCACUUUGAAGCCUUCCAACUUAGUGAUACGUGCGUCAAGCUAUUCAAGGAAGGGUGGUUUGAGACUGAGAUUGGGCAGGAUGUGGAUCCAAAGUUAUCUAUCAUGAAGAAGGAUGUUGUUGUGGGCGUGAAAGAUGUCAAGGAGGUCGACAACGAUUUCUUCUUGGUUGUGGUCAAGAUUUUGGAUCACAUGGGUCCUUUUACAUCAACAUUCCCUAUUGAGAACAGGGCCACACAAGUGACAAUGAGGGCACUGAAGAAUCACCUCGAACGCGCAAGGAGCCUUCCAUUCGUGAAGAGGAUAUCUGACUUCCAUCUGAUGCUAUUCCUGGCUAGGUUUCUAGACCUCAAUUCCGAUGUCCCUGCACUUGCAGAGUGUGUCCUUACACAGACGACUGUGGCAGAAGGCUACCAGAUCCUAAUUGAAUCCAUGGCCAGCACUGCUUGAUCCCCCCCUCUCGUCUACAACUGGGAUCGCAGAAUCCCCGUUUGCUUAAUCGAGGCCACGAACCAUUGUACAUCACUGUUUCUUCUCUUUGAUGAUGCUCAUGUGCAAUAGGAAGGGGCAUUUCGUUGCCUGGGAAAUUGAUUAUGUCCAUAUGUACUCAGUACUUAACAGUCUAUUUAUGAGCAUUCUUCUAGCGUCUUUCUUAAUAGCUUUAGUUAGGCUAAAUUGCAAGUUUGGUCACUAGAAUUACUUAAAAAAUUCACGUUUGCCACUCAAAUUAAUUUAUUCCAUUCGUGGUCACUUAAAUUAGUUCAACGGUU